UUGGUCGUCGGGAGCUUUAGUUCUCUCUCUGGAUACCCUGGUCCCCAUCGACUGUCUGUCUUGCCGACUCAUAUACCCGUUCGCUGUCUAUCAUGGCCGCGGCCCACGUAUCUCCUGAUCUUCCAAAGCCCUCUUUUGCAAAGGUUGCCGCAUCCAUAUCUAAAGGUACCGCGUCAACACCAUCCGUACGCCGCAUCGCUACGCCUUCCAAAGAGCAACCAAUGAGUUUGACUACACAACCCAUGUCGAGGGGGCCCGUCAUUGCUAAUGGCGGGCCCGCAAAGGCCCCGCCCCCCCAAGUCGUCUCGUCACAGCCUAGGAAUGUCUCAAGAGUUGUUGAGCGGAAUGCCUCAGCGGAUAAUGUUGUAGACUCACUACAUGAUCUGAGCCUUGGUUCGAAAGCUCCAAGCCUCGUGGUCAAUGGCAGCGGUACUCUGGCUGCUGAGAGGACGAUCGCCGCGAUCGGUAGAGACAGUGGAUCGGACGAUUCUCAGAGGGCCGAUUCAAGCUCCGAACUGGGCACCAAACCUCCCAGCCUGGACGGAAAAAGCAUCACCUCGGGUACAACUUUUGCGCUGGACGAGAAGGAAUCUCUUCGACCAGAUGAUAGUGCCAGUGUCAAGGCCGCAGCAGAAGAUGACGAUACCUUCUCGAUGCGCGGAUCCCUUGUCGCCGGUUCACGAAUGGGUUCAGAAGUUGCGGCAAGAGCGCGAGGAAUCCCGCUCGGCGACAUACCCGAACGAAGACUGCCACAGGUCAUGGCCGGUGCCACGGCCCAGGGCGUUCUCACUCCGCAAAGUUCAUCCUCUGAGCAAGCCCCAGGCGUGAACCCUGCCAUGCCCCUGGGCGUUGCAGGUUCUGCAGAUGCUCUGAAUGUCAUAUAUCGACAAGCACCAGACGAUAAGCUUCUUGAGGCAAUGGCCUCGCCGAAGGACAGGCUGUUCCUUCUACGGCUGGAAAACGAGCUCAUCGACUUUGUCCAGGACUCCAAGGAACCAUACAUGGACCUUCCACCGUCCAACUCGUUCUGCAGGAUGUUGACUCACAAAUUGGCCGAUUAUUACCACAUGACCCAUUCCUAUGAACCUCACGUUGGAUCCGUACGAAUCUUCAGAACCCCUUUUUGUCGAGUUCCAGCCUCUCUGGCCCUCAUCAACCCGAACCCAAACGCCUCAAGCAGCAGUACGCCGCCACCUGCGGUUUUACCCAGGAAGAUCAUGCGCCGUGGGGAAGAUAGCGAGGGUGGCCUGAGUGCCGGUCUGUCGAAGGCAACAUCCGAGAAUGGAAGUGAUUCAAAGGACAAACUGACUCUGGCUAAUCAAAAGUUAACGAGAGAGGAACGUGAGGAAAUGUAUAAGCUGGCACGAGAGCGCAUCUUUGGUAGCUCAGAGGAGAGUGUGGCUGAAAAUGAUGGCGACAACGGCGUGUCUAGGACCAGCUCCACAUCCGUCAAGGACAAAUCCAACUUGGGCAAAAGGGGGAAGAAUAGCAAACAGAGGCGCGACGACUCGGACAGCUUUGAUUCUCGGAAUCAAUACACCCCAUACUGGGGCCCUCAACAACAGACUUGGGUACCACAACCCCAGUAUGUGCCGCCGCCGAAUCCUCAGUAUAACGCCCAGCCUGCAACCCCCGCGUACCAAGGACAGAUGGCUCCAGUAUAUUCUCAGCAACCUCCUGGCUAUUCGAACAUGCCUAGCAGUAUGCCGAACCAGCCGUAUCCCCAAUACUCUAUGUCUCCUUAUCAAUCCCAGCCCAGCCAGCCACGGUAUCCCGCUGGCGGAAGCCCUAUGGCAGCAUAUGGUGCUCCAGUUCCUCCGGCCGCUCCACAGCAAACCUGGCAACCGGGCUUCACCCCGGCCCAGUUCCAGGCUAGGGGUCCUGGUCCGGUCGGGCCUCCAGUCGGGCCUCAAGUUGGCCCUCAGGUUGGUCCUCAAGCUGGUCCUCCAGCGGGUCCUCCAGGUGGCCCUCAGGGGCAAAUAGGAAUUCCAUACGCGUAUGGUCAACUACCGGCCCAUCUCAAUCCGCAUGACCCUAAGAGCCAGCAUCCCAUCCCGGGCAGCUACAAUCGAAACCACGCCUUUAACCCCAAGACGCAGUCAUUUGUACCUGGCGGAAACGGCAUGUCACCGGUGCAACCUCCUCAACCCCCCUUCACUGCUCCCGGGUCUCACCAUGGCAGCCCUCAAGUUGGAUCGCCUCACCUGGCGUAUCCCGGCUAUCCGCAGGCGAUGCCCCAACCGUAUGGAGGCGGAUACGGCAUGGUGCGACAAGGAUCCAGCAACUCAAUGCCAGCAUAUCACUCCCCGCAGCACGUCAACGUGUCGCAUAUCCCCCAUGGACCGCCGCCGAUGAUGCAAAACCCCCAGCACAUGGCAGUCCAGCCUCUCCCCCAGACCCUCCCAGCGCAUAUCCCGAACCGCCCCAACGUUCCUCAGGGGCCUAGUCAGCCCUUUACUCACCUCCCUACGUACGGCAACCCGGCGACUCUGCCGCAGAAGCCAGCUACUGGAAUUUAAGUGAGCAUCAGAUGGCGUUUAUGACAGGCGGCCCGAAACAGGCGUAUACGGCAUAAUUAGCAUCUUGGCGUUACCGGUGGACAGGAUGGAUGGCAUGAAUUUUAAAGGCCAAGGCCUAUUUACUAGAUGAGUCAAUACAAUUGUGACGUAAUUCUCUUGCGUCCCGGAGUGAGGUUUUUUAUGUG